AGUCUGUCCAAAAUUUUCAUAUAGGGGUCUCUGAGUGAAGUCAUAUGACCAAUUAGUUUAUUUAUCAUCGUGUUUCGAGUAUUGUAAUAAGUGGAAAACAAUCAACAUGCCCUCCCAAUCAAAUUGGACAAUGUAUCGUAUCUUCUUAGCAUUCUUGAUGCUUGUUGCAGGAUCGAUAAAUACUUUAUCGGCCAAAUGGGCAGAUCGUUCAGAAGCAAAAGGUGUUUAUCCAAAUUUACCUCCAAGAAAGUUCGAUCAUCCUUUCCUUCAGGGGAAUCCCAUUCAAGUGUCGAGGUUCAAUCCGUUCAUAUUCUACCCUCCAGCACUAUGUGACAUGUGUGCAACUUCCAUUAUGUACGUUGGUUUGAAUUUAACAUUUGCAUCCAGUUUUCAAAUGCUUCGAGGUUCAGUGAUGAUAUUUACUGCACUCUUAUCAGUCGCAUUUUUGGGUAGAAAAAUCAGAUCGUUCAUGUGGUUUGGUAUGGUUGUUGUUCUCGUUGGUUUGGUUCUCGUUGGUUUGUCAGAUGUUGUAUUUAGGAAAAGUUCCUCGGAAAGAAGUUCCGACGUUAAUGGUAUAAUAUCGGGUGAUUUGCUUAUAUGUGCCGCCCAGAUUGUCACAGCAUCUCAAAUGGUGUACGAAGAAAAGUUUGUCAUGAAAUAUAACGUUCCAGCUUUACUUGCAGUUGGCUUCGAAGGUCUUUUUGGACUUCUUACUCUCGGCCUUCUGCUCAUUCCCUUCUAUUAUAUCAAAAUUACUAAUCCAAAUAACCCGCUAACGACUGAUCCACACGGACGAGUGGAGAACUCACUUGAUGCUUUUGCAAUGAUGGGUCAGAAUUCGGCCAUCCUCGUAGGUACUCUUGGUAACAUGGUCAGUAUAGCCGUAUUUAAUUUCGCUGGUAUCAGCGUGACUAAAGAGCUCAGCGCAACAACAAGAAUGGUACUUGAUUCAAUGAGAACACUUGUAAUUUGGAUAUUUUCCCUAUCAGUUAAAUGGAGACCUUUCGACGUGAAAGAGUUCUUCAUGCAAUUGGCGGGAUUCGCCUUUUUGAUUAUGGGUAUGAUUGUUUAUAACAAUCUACUGUUUAUGCCAUGGCUAAGGAGAAAAGUUGGCUGUAGAGUAGAUGAUGAAAAUCAUUUACAGUCACCUUUCCAAAAUGAAGCAGAUGAAUCUGAAAGAAUAUUGCAAGACGAAAAUUUAACCCAAUAUGGCAGUAACAAUACUUCAACUGAUCCUGUAUACUCAUAG